AUGCGCCCUUCCAGCCGGGCAGAGUCUCUCGAGCAUCGCAGGAACCCAAGGGAAUCAGCGUCACAGAAGCCUUUCUCUUGGACGGCGCAAGGUCGCAGGAGGAGGGAGGAGGAGGGUCUGUGGGAUCCAAGACAUCAAUCAAAAUUAAGCACAGCACGCGAUGGGACGUUGACGGCCCACCGCCUGAGCAGGCACAGACAGGCACACAGGUACACAAAGUCUCUGCUGAGUCGCCGCCGUAGGGACGUCGAGGUGGAGGUGGAUCAAUACACGGGGCCCUGGGGUCGUAUAGCGCUGUCAAGCAUUGGUUCGACGCCGUGGCUGUCGCUGCCCUGCGUGCCUGCUUCAUCUUCUUCCCUCGACGACGUUGGCUCAGCCGUGUCGGAAGGAACACGCUUCAACGACCCCUGGGGGUUCUUCUCCAGGUCCCUCGAGACGCGGCUCUCGCCUAGGUACUAG